ACAAACGAGAACGAAAAGAUGUAAAUCCUAAAGUAACAAAGUCACAUAAAUACUUCACAUUUUCGUGAAAUAAUUUCGUAAUUUCAUGGUUGAUGGAUAUGUGUCUCUCUUGUAUAGUAUCAGUGACAAACCCUUAGAGUAUUGGAGCAAGCAGCAAUCUCAAUCGGGUCGUAUUCGUAAAAUCUUAGAUUCAGAUUUAUUAGAAAAUGUUAUCGAGAUACAGGACUUCGAACAACCCCAUGGAUAUGGCACCUCCAUCAUUUGUCCCUCUGAUUCCUCCCAAUUCCUCAAUAUCGAAUUACCAGUUUUAGUUGUGGUUAUAAAGAACCUAAAUCUCCAUUGUCGUCUGCAAGUGCAGGUGGCAGAUAACCAAAAUUGCCAGCAUCAUUUUCAAUUCACGAACGCGGAGUCAGAAAAACAAAACUCCAAGGGUGUCAUUUGUCGCGUCAAAGUAAAAUUUGAGACCGGUUGGAAUAAAUUAGAAUUGGACCUAUCGAGUCUAACGCAAACUGCCUUCAAGCAACAAUACGCUAUAACUCAGAGGAUUCAAAUUUGCGGUAAUUGUCGUUUGCGCAGAGUAUACUUUAUAGAUAAGCACUACGAAGACCAAGAAAUUUGCCCUAAAUUAUACCACAAGUUCUUGGAUUCUUAUAUGUUGAAGUGGGGCAUAAGAAGUGUAGAAAGAUCUACUCAAACUAACUCAAAAAGAACAAAGAAUCGAGUCAAAGGAAACAACAAUAUCAGGAUCUCAAAGCACUUCAGUGCUGAUAAUUUAAGUAGCGGAGAAACUAGUAGUGCAAAGAAUUCUAAUCUACGGAAAAUAACUGACGAGGAUUUUCUGAGAAAUUUACAGAUUAAAACAGACAUAUUAAUUAAUGAAUUUUUUGACAGGCAGUCCAUGAGACUUCCACGUGUCUCAGAAUUAAAACAGAACACUACAUUAAAACCGUAUGCUUUUCCAACCUUAACCUCAAAACAGAAAUCCUUCAACAUUGGUAUAUCUGAAGAUACAUUGAAGAAAAUUGGCGUUCUUCGGACGUUUACAGAGACCUAUAUAUGCAACGAGGACAAACGUAAAGAGACUAAUGUUUUAAAAAUUAUACGGGAUAAUUGGAAACACAGAUACUUUUUCCCUCAGGAAGAAUCAUUGCCUAACAACGGUUUGUCCGAACAAAAUACAAAGAGAACGAUGUUGGAACGUAAACCGAAAUCUCUGCUUCUAUUAUCUGAAUUAAAAUCUGCGAAGGAAAGAAAUUUAGGAUUGCCAAAAAAAAGCAUUGAGAUGAUUAAACGUAACGAAAGCGAUACGGUUAUCAAUUAAUUGUCAAUUAAUGUAAUAUUAAAUAAUUUAAUAGAAAUAGAAUGUUGUUUCUUCCAUUUAUGAUUGGUACUUCUGUAGUUAGACUCAUAAAUGGCGAUAGAGUAUCAAAGCUCCUAUUUCAUGUACCCUAUAAUGUUUUCCCGCCAUUUACAGCUUAGAUUAUUUCCUUUAUUAUAUCUUAUGUGUAUGUAAGAAAAAUAAAAAUCAUAAGAAUA